UAUGCUAACCGUAUAAACCUAACUAACCUAAGACAAGUGAGGUACAAUAGUGCAAUAUUGCUGAUAGUGCAACCAGUAGCUGAAAUAACCUAUACUAACAUUAAUAACCUGCUAACCUAAGACAACCUAAUAUUCUGUACUCAUUUCCAGGAUCUAUACAUUUAAAGGGCAUACAUGUGUAAAUAACAUGUUUUCAUAACAAUGCUCAAAUGAUUUUAAAUGUAGUUGGUUGAGCCUUGAGUGAAUGGAUGCUACAGUAAAGUAAUAAUCACAAAUUUGAAAAAGCAUGUCAAGAGAGAACUUAUGGAACUUUAUUACACCUAAUCUCACAAAACAUUCAGCCUAUAAAAGUAAUAUUAUUAAAAUGUAUUCUUUAUCGUCACGUUUUGCUUGAUUUGUGAGGGGGUUUGUGGGCCAGGGUCAGAGACAGAUAGACUUUGAAGACCUACAUAUUUUGUGACUGCUCCAUUUCGUUUGGAAUACAAUGGUGCCACCGUGAGGCAAAAUAAGAUGAUGUCAUAUGACUUUUCGCAUCCAGCCAGUACUACUGGAUUCUGCCAAAUGACAAGGGUCUUUCUGCGGAGUGCGGACCGCAAGACGGACGGUAGUAGAGGUAUGCAGGAGGCGUAUCUGGUACUUACUAAAAAACAACACAGGAUGUCCCUCAAUUCUCCAGAGGGCAGACCGUCCAACACCCGUUUGAAUUUGCAUUAAAACUGACCAAUGGGCUACUAUGGGCGUGUCUUAGUCUUGCGGGCUGCAGAUGAAUACGAUUGUAACAAGCACAAGUUCAGACCAAGGUUUUUCUGGAAAAUGAGAUAUUUUAUGAAUUUCUGCAAGAUUAUUUGCUGGAUAAUAUGUUUGCCUCUUCUGUUUAUGGAGGUAGUGGGAAUAUAUGGCAUUUACAAGCGUUUGUUUCCAUUACUUGCUUAUAAUAUAACUUUUUCAUACAACGACAAAAUGCACGAAAAUAAGAGGGAUCUUUUUAAAAACUUGAACACAUUUGCAAAUACCAAGGAUGGCACUUUUCGCCUCUUGGAAAUUGGUUGUGGAAGCGGAGCAAACUUCAAGUUUUAUCCCAACGGUUGCACGGUAAUUUGCACAGACCCUAACCUGUACUUCAAAAAGUACCUUCAAAUGAGUAUGGAUACUAACAUGCAUCUGAAUUAUGAGCAGUUUGUUGUUUCUUCGGGGGAAGACCUUGGUAGUAUGAAGGAUGAGUCGGUGGACGUGGUUGUUUGUACUUUGGUGCUAUGCUCUGUCAACAACGUUCCACGUGUCCUAGAAGAGGCAAAGCGCAUUCUCAAACCCGGGGGUGCCUUGUACUUUCUGGAGCAUGUAGUUUCAGACCCCGCCACCUGGACAUAUUUCUUACAGCACGUACUGCAGCCUCUUUGGUACUAUCUGGGGGAUGGAUGUGUUGUUACCAGGGCAACAUGGAAGGAUUUGGAGGCUGCUGGCUUCUCCAAGCUCAAACUGAAGCACAUUGAAGCUCCACAGGUCACCUUGAUGAUCAGACCACAUGUUUUAGGAUAUGCUGUAAAGUAAACUUGCCUCACCUUUUAUCUCUUUUGCACAAGUGUAAACAGGCCUUGACAGAAUGCUUUCAGCUAAACACAGCAUUGUUGCUGUGACCCAAUGGGGGAAAAACACUCAGAAAUGUCAGCAUGUAAAACCACUGGUAUAGGGUUAAAAGGUUUAUUAC